AUGGAUUCUCUUUCCUCACCGUCGAUAUGCGCCCAAGUCAUCCGACUCAAGCCUCCCUCUCACCAUAUUGAUAACUUCAAGUCAUCGAAGGGGUAUGCGACGCCAGAUUUUGACCAAACUUGCGCGGUCGAGGGGUCUGAAUGGGAUGAGUCGCCUAUGCAGACAUCGUUUUCCUCCGAAACAAGGCCCUUCGCAGCCUUGACACCGGGAGAGUCCACUCCCCAAGGCGGAAGCCCUCCGAUAUUGGCGGCAAGGCGAAGUCAUACGCUGAGUGGUGUACAUAUUAUUGUGGACCAGUAUGGUAGGGAAUGCGACGUGGUUCAAACUCGAGGUGAGCGACGACGGGCUCAGAAUAGAAAAGCCCAGCGAGCAUAUCGAGCACGCAGAGAAGCCCAGCUGAAAUCUGCAUCAUCGACCUUGGCCGAGCAUCAGUCGCAGCUGCGGACCCUGAAUCGUCACAACCGCGAGCUUCUCGACACGAUCAAACGACUCAAGGCCAUGAUUCUCCAGUUGGAGGCAGAGAAUCAGCUCCUCAGGGAGAUGAAAAGCACAAAUGUAAACGACAUGGAUGAGCCGGGUGGCUGGAUGCUUGAAAGUCCAAAUUUCACGUUGCCACUACCCUCAGAACUGUAUUGGAAUGUACGAGAAAGAUCGUAUACACCAUGA